AUGAAUAAACAAUCACAAUCUUUGAAUGUGAUCAAGUUACCCUUGCUCACUCAUGGAUUUCUUAGUACUUAUACUACUUGGACCCACCAUGGUGAGGAAAUAGAGGGUGUUGAAGAUGAAGUGCUAGCCGAUGUUGAGGAAGCUGAAGCAAUCGAUGAUUUGUCUGCAGGCUUACAAGAUGCUUUUGGUGGUCCAUAUUUUGAUAUCGGUCCAACGAGUGAAUUCAUUGACAAUGAAUUCCCUCGCAAUUCUAAUGACAAGUAUGAUGCCUUGUUAGAUUCGGUUCAUAAUCCUUUGUAUGAGAAUUGUACAAAGUUUUCUGUCCUAAGUGUUGUCGUAAAGUUAAUGAAUUUAAAGGUGAUUAACAAAUGGACAGAUAAAGGCUUUGAUGACCUUUUGAAGUGUCUUAAAGAAAUGUUACCCGAUGGUAAUCAUUGCCUGAUAAGUUUUUAUCAAACGAGGAGGCUUCUAUCUGAAGUUGGCUUGGGGUACGAGCAAAUUGACGUGUGCCAAUAUGAUUGUGCAUUGUUUUAUGGUGAGAAUGCAAAUGCUACAAUGUGCCCUAUAUGCAAAUCUAGUCAUUAUGUGCGAAAUAAAAUUCCACAUAAACAACUUAGAUGGUUUCUAAUCAAGGCUCGACUGAAACGCUUGUUUAGCUCAAAGCAUACUGCCAAGGUUAUGCGAUGGCAUAAAGAGGUGCGCAAAGAUGAACCCGGUAUAUUACGUCAUCCAGCUGAUGGGGAUGCUUGGAAGCACUUUGACAAGACAUACCCUGAAUUUGCAGUGGAUUCGAGGAGUGUACGAAUGGGACUAGCGUCAGAUGGGUUUAACCCUUUCUCAAACAUGACAUCCACGUACAACUUAUGGCCUGUGAUAUUAAUUCCAUAUAACAUGCCACCUUGGGCUUCUCCGAAUGGAACAAAUUAUCUCAUGUCAUUAUUAAUACCAGGGCCUAAAUCUCCUGGAAAGGAUUAUGAUGUGUUUUUGAGACCAUUGAUUGAAGAACUUAAGGAGUUCUGGGAGGGAAUUGAGGCGUAUGAUUCAUAUGAAGGGUGUAUGUUUAAACUUCGAGCCACUAUCUUAUGGACAAUCAGUGAUUUUCCAGCUUAUGCCUACUUAUCGGGAUGGAGCACUGCUGGGAAAUUAGCAUGCCCUGUUUGUUUGGAAGAUACGAGAUCUAAAAGAAUAAGUGAGAAACAAUGUUUCAUGGGGCAUCGAUGUUAUUUGAGAAACAACCAUUCUUGGCAAAAGAGUAGAGAGUAUGAUGGGGCUACUGAGUUUUGCCCCCCACCUAGAAAUUUUACUGGUGCCGAAAUUUUAAAACAACUUGAACAAGUUCCAACUCGUACAACUGGUAAGGCCCCAGGUAAUUCUUCAAGCAAGCGUAAGCGUGGAGAGAAUGAAUUGAAUUGGUGUAAAAAAAGUAUUUUAUUUGAAUUGUCGUAUUGGUCACAACUCUUAUUGCGUCAUAAUCUUGAUGUGAUGCAUAUAGAGAAAAAUGUGUGUGAUAACAUUAUUGGAACCCUUUUAGAUAUUGAGGGUAAAUCAAAGGACACGUUGAAGGCUCGUAAAGAUUUAGAAAAUUUGAAUAUUCGCUCUGAUCUUUGGUUGAAGAAGUCAUCCAACAAUAAGAUUGAAAAACCCCAUGCAAGCUAUACUUUGACUAAAGAAGAAUGCAAGGAAUUUUGUAAAUUCAUUCGAAGUGUUAGAUUACCGGAUGGAUAUGCUUCGAAUAUAAGUCGAUGUGUAACUGAUAAUGACAAACUAGGAGGCAUGAAAAGCCAUGAUUGUCAUAUAUUACUUCAAAAAAUAUUACCAGUUGCCCUAUUACCUUUUCUGACAAAGGAAAUUCGAACAGCUUUGAUUGAGCUAUGUCAAUUCUUUCAAAAGAUUUGUGCCAAAACUAUUCUAGUUGAUGACAUAACUAAAUUGAAGGAUGGAAUUGUUAUUAUCUUGUGUAAAUUAGAGAAAAUAUUCCCUCCUUCAUUUUUUACUGUAAUGGUCCAUCUUUGUGUCCACCUACCAGAUCAAGUAUUGUUAGGUGCUCCAGUUGCUUCACGAUGGAUGUUCGGGACUGAACGUCAUAUGGGGUUGUACAAAAAGUAUGUCAGAAACAUGUCAAGACCUGAUGGUUCAAUUGCAGAAGCUUUUGUUAUUGAUGAAGCUGUAACUUUCCUGUCAAGAUAUGUUUCUAACAUAGAGAUGAGAUUCACACGUCCCGAGCGUAACUGGGAUUUUCCUUCUACAAGUCAUCAAUUUGACAUUUUAAAUUCCAAUGUUCGUCCAAUAGGCGCAUCAUCUGCGAAGUUGUUGGAUUCUUUCAGUAAAACCGUUCAAUGGUAUAUACUGAAUAAUUGUGUUGAAGUUAUUCAAGACUAUCUCGACGAGCAUAAAACAUUGUUGGAAGAAAGGGGCCUUUCUGGUGAACAAAUUCUUACUGCCCAAAUGAAAGAAUUUCCUUCUUGGUUUAAGACAAAGAUAUCUGAACUCCGAGUUCAACAAUCUUCUCUUGCAAACGAUGAUUUAUAUUCUCUAUCACAAGGUCCUUUAGAACGAUACAUGAGUUAUCAUAGUUGUAUUGUAAAUGGUGUUCGAUUUCGGUGCAAGGAUCAUGAUGAUAAUCUUUGUACACAAUGUUCUGGAGUUUGCACUGAAGGGGACCAUGACAACGAUACUAUUAUGUAUUAUGGGGUUUUGCUAGAGAUUUUACAAUUGUCAUUCCUUUUUGAUCGAAAAGUGUUCUUAUUUCGUUGCAAGUGGUAUAACUCGAAUCCUAAAGGAAACUCUAUUUAUGUGGAUCAUAAUUUGACAUUCAUUAACACAUCCACAAAUUGGUUUCUCGAUGAACCAUUCAUUUUGGCAACUCAAGCACAACAAGUUUUUUAUUUGCGUGAAAUGAAGCGUGGUUCAAAUUGGAGAAUUGUUCAAAAAGUAAAUCAUCGAUCGAUUUAUGACAUUCCAGAAAAAUCCCAUGUCGAGGAUGACUCAUUGAAUAAUGAUAUUUUCCAAGAAGACCAUUCAUUUAUGCUGCCACCUUUCCAACCAACUGAGGAUUUGAUUGAUAGUUCCUCUUUAGUACGUACUGAUGUUGCACCUCUAAGUCUUUCAAGUGAAUUUGUUCAAAUGAAUAUUGGCAGAGACGUAGAUGAACAUGAGUAUAUCGAAGUUAACGAAGAUUUUGAUGAUGGAGAUAUCUUCUUUGAUGAAGAUGUGAUAUGUUCUAGUGAUAGCGAGGCAGAAACUGACUUAGAAGAAGAAUUUGAUGAUGACAUAGAAUCUUGA